AAAAUGAUACAUCAGCAGUUUUACCAUGAAGCCAAUAUAUCACUAUACCGAUUACCUCCAAAAUAAACUGCCUUUUUUUUUUUCCAGCUAAUAUGUUGGAAUAUGUUUUGACCUCAAAGUUGCAAAUAAUCUUAUUUGUGUGAAAGUUUAAUCUAUGUGGAUAACAUACUUUGAUAGGGUGCUUUAUUCCAAAGUGUACGGUCAUAUUUGAGAAAGAUUGAUUGAUUAUGUUCUGAAGCCAGGAAAAAAGCAUUACAAGAGAUGGAAGUUUUGGUGUAAUUAUAUGAGUAUUUAUCUAUGACUGGAAGAGAGCUUCUGUUAUUACUAGUAAUAACGUGGAAAACUCUUAAGUCUAAUCUAAGCUGAAAGUGAAUGACAUAACUCUUUAUGAAAAGCUUAAGCCACAGUAAGAAAAGUUAAAAGCUGGGACUAUGUGGCUCUGCUAGUCACAGGCUUUGGUUUUGAAGUCUUGUGGGGUUGGUUGGUUGGUUUGUUUUGGAGUGUAGAAAUCAUAUUGCUCUAAACUAUGGAAUGUGUUUGUUUUCCAAACAAAAAUGAUGCUGGAAGUCAAGGUUACUAGAGCUUGGACAGGAGCUGUUUGUUUUAUACAGAGCAAGAGAAACUGUUUAUAUAAAAGAAACUCCUUACAUUGUAUUUGAAGGAACCAUUCAAAUUCCAUUAAAAAAUUACUGUCUGUGUACAGAAAUAAGUGAAUAUAAUUGCAGCAAGAGAAUCUGUUACACUUUUUCUCUUGCCAAGCCAAAAAACCAACCAAGUACCAAUUCAGAAAGCUUAAUGAUCUGUAAUAGUCAAGGUAUUAGAUUACACUUUUGCUAUUUUGACACUAACACUGCUUUAGAGUUGAGAAAGGGAGAACAUAAUGUGUUUGCUUUUAGUUUUGAGCUAAACUUUCAUGACAGAUUUUUUUAUUUUCCUGAGCUUUUUCCCAAGGCUGAACAUACAAGUUGAAGCAUCCCUAAUUAGUACCAUAGCUGAAAAUCUAGUAUACUGCCUGCUUUCUUAUGUGUUCCUUUUCACUGAGAGGUUAUAUUAUGCUAUUGCAUUGGGCAGUAUUCUUAAAGUUUUGAAAUAUCCCUUAAGAUUGUCAUGCAUCACUUUGUUGUUUGUUUGUUUGUUUUCUCCUGAAUGUAAUUCAGUUGCAGGGUUGUGCUCCAUCUUGUGGAGAAAGUAUUGGUGCCUUAGAAAUGAUUUUUUUUUCCUCCCAAUACCUUUACUGUAACUAACUGCUGUGUAGCAGCAGAAGACAUUAAACGUUGGGUGUAUAAGAUUGUUUCAUGUGAAUAGUUUAAAAAACCCACAAACAUUUCAUUUUAAUGUAAACAUUUUGCUCAUCUUAUUCUUCAAUUUCAGCUGUUGUACCCUCAGGAGAAAAAUAGCACUAUUGCCAAGGAGAGCUAGGCAUACAUGUUCAGGCAGCUCUCUCUCUGAAGUUCCACUGCUCCACUCUGCAAAAUUUGAAUUGUGAUGAUGAGGUUUCAGUUCAUAACACCCAGAAGAUGGAAUAGCAAGCACAGACCUGUAUGCAUUCAUUUAGCAGGCACUGGGGAUCACCACUUCUGGAGGAGACGCACGUUAAUGGCUCGUCCGAUGAUUAAAGAAGCCUGUAUGGCUUCCCUAUUGCUUGAAAAUCCUUAUUAUGGCUGCAGAAAACCCAAGGAUCAAAUACGGUCAUGUUUAAAAAAUGUCUCGGACCUGUUUGUGAUGGGAGGAGCUCUUGUUCUAGAAUCGGCAGCUCUUUUGCACUGGCUAGAGAGAGAAGGCUAUGGACCGCUAGGGAUGACUGGAAUAUCCAUGGGAGGACAUAUGGCUUCUCUGGCAGUGACGAAUUGGCCUAAACCAUUGCCAUUGAUUCCAUGUCUUUCGUGGUCAACAGCCUCUGCAGUCUUUACUACGGGUGUGUUGAGUAAAGCAGUGAACUGGAGAGAGCUUGAGAAACAGUAUUAUACACAAACUGUUUACGAAGAAGAAAUCAUUCAAAUGCUUGAAUACUGUGGAACAGAUUCUUUCAAGAUGGGACAAGAUUUUGUUAAAAACUUCCCUGACAAUGUGGAUAGUUUGGAGGACAUAGAUGUGACUUCAAGAAUGUUCAACUUUGAUUCAUCAAACAAGACUGAGUCUAAAGAAGCUGUCCACAGCUUUGCCACAAGUAGAAGUACUCUAAGUGCCUCAUCGGAAAGACUCUUAAUGCAAGAUGCUCCUAAAAUUCAGUGCAUAAAUCAAACGUUUUCAACCAGUAGCAAUAAAAACUUAACCAUCCAACAGGGACACAGGAUAAAUAAUAGAACAAAGAGUGACACUUUGCAGAGAGAAUCAUUAAGGUUUAUGAAAGGAGUAAUGGAUGAAUGUACUCACGUAGCUAACUUCUCAGUUCCAGUUGACCCCAGUUUAAUCAUAGUUGUGCAAGCUAAGGAGGAUGCGUAUAUUCCUCGAACUGGAGUGCGCAGUCUGCAAGAAAUCUGGCCCGGAUGUGAAAUCAGGUAUCUGAAUGGAGGUCAUGUCAGUGCCUACCUCUUCAAACAAGGACUCUUUAGGCAAGCGAUUUAUGAUGCAUUUGACCGCUUUCUUCAGAAAUACACCGUUUAACAAUCUUCAUCAUGGAUUCAAACCGAUCUCAUUUGUAUUUCUGGUCAUUGGAACUCAUCUUUGGAAAACAAGCCUCUUGCAAUGUGAAGUAGUAGAUGGUCGGUUACUUUGAAUGUUGUAGGUAACGAAUAUAAAAAACGGUCAAGUCCCAGUAUUACUUUCCUUUCAACCAAGUGCCAUUCGGACAUGCUUCAGCUUUACCCGUGAAGAGCAAUGGUAGCGGUUGUUAGUGCACGAAUGGUUCCUGUACUUGAUAAUUUAUUGCAUUAUGUAUCAAUUCUGAGUAAAUUCUUAAUUGUGCAUCUGUUGAAAACAGACCAAUUUAAAUAUUGAUAGAAUAUAAAAUUUGCUGUCGGACUUAGAUACUGUCUUAUGUUUAGUGUAUUUACAGUUUGUUCCAGCUACCGUAUUUUCUUCUUGCUUCCUCGUCACUUGCUAUUCCUUCUGCAUUUUAACAUGGCUUGGCCAGCACUCUGCCUCUUGUGUUUGUCACUGAUUUUUCUCUUAUUAUGAACUGAAAAUGAACUACAACGGAUGAGGCAGAAUUGGAAUCUUGGCAAAAAGCUUUUAAAAAUUGAAUGAAGAGUGAGAGAGACAUUUUAAUUCACUGCAUCCAUUAGAUUUUUCUGCUGUUAAAUUAAACGGUGCCAUUCCAGAAGACUCAUGUUUUUACACAGCUGGAAUAACUCUACAUGGAGUGUCCAGUAAUUGAUUUUUUUACAUGCAUUCAAUUGGAUGAUGAAGUUUUUCUAGUAGAUUUUUUUUAAAAAAUUGCUAAAGGGAAUAACAGUGUAAUAACUUUUCUUGAUAAACAACGGCAGAAAGAGUCUGAUUCUAAGCAGUUAAAUCAACAGCAGAUUAUAUGGUGCUAUAAACAUCUCCUUGAAAGCAGGAGAGUCCUUUUUAAAAUGCACUCAGUGCUGAUAUGCAAAAACACAAUAUAAUAUUGUAGAGUGUUCAGAACAUAUGUGAGACGAAGGGUUAUCAAAACAGUCACAUUAGCUUCUUGUUUUUCAGAAGUUUUUUUAACUGAUGUUUAAAAAAAAAAAAAGGUAGGAUGAGGAACACAUUUAAGUAAAUCCCAUCUGUUGCUGCUUCUUUUGGGAUCAAAAAUGCCAACAAAUUAAAGUGAAAUUAAAGGUAAUCAUGAAUCAGCUAUGUGUGGUAGCUGUCCAUAUCUUAUACAGUGGUAAUGUCCUGCAUCGUUCUUUUAAAGCAAGCUUGCAGGGAAGUUGAAAGCCAAAACACUUCAGUAUUGAUUUUAGUACUGUAAUGGCUGAAGUUACAGAGAUACAAACAGAAAAAUCCAUGUAUUUCUUCAGGUACGUGACUUAUGAACCUUUCAAAUCAUACGCUUUAUUGAUUUCCAUGGUUACCAUAAUGGUUUUUAAUAGUGCACGAGGCAAUCAAAGCUCUGUUUGUUCCAGUGUAUUAUCCUGAAUUUCAGCCUGGCAGACAGAGCUGAUAACUGUUAGAAUUACUAGUCAGAUAAGUUGAGAUAAAACUGAAUGCGACAAUUUGUGAAAACCAAAGGCAAUUAACAUUGAAAUGCAUUGAAAAUUCAAAAGAAGUGAUAUUCUGUUGGAAGUUACCUUGUUUGUUGCAAGUGUUUUAUCAUCAUUUCUAUUAGGCAUUGUUGGUUUUUAUCUGUACUGGGAGCGAGUGUAAAGUGACUAGCAUGUUUCAGAAUCUUAAAAUACUGAAUUUUGGAAGAUUGGGAAUUAUAUAUGGAAGCUCUGAAUUUUACAAUUAAAUACUUGAAUAGUGAACUGAGAGUUUUACAGGUGUUAUGUUGAUACAAACUCACCUGUCAACUAAGGGUGUUUUCCAAGAGGGCUGACAGCUGUUCACCAAAUCUUUUACAUCUCCAUGGAUGGCCACAUUUAAAUGUAUUUAUGUGCUUUUACCUGUUUCUAUUGCAGCUCUGAAGGAAAGGGAGAUAAUUGGUGGCAAGGGACAGGGCAUGGAUAAAUGGAAAAGAUUAUUUUAUAAGGCCAGGACUAAGCAUAAAAAAAAUCAACUUCUCUACACUACAGAUGUAUGUAACAUGCCAACAUAAAUAUUUCUGAGGUGCACAAUACUAGGAAUUACACAACUGAUGGGAACUUGACAUCCUGAGGUUAGUGUUCUGAUGAUGUUAUUAAUGAGCUGAACUUUCCAAAAGGGCAUACUAUGCAAUGAAGCAGAUAUGUAUGAAUGUAACUCCUGUUUCUGAGAAAGGCUUUUGAAAGUAGUCAAGGACUGGUCUCCAACAAUUAAGAAUCACACUUUGCUAUGUAACUAAAGCAGUGUUGCCAAAUAAGAGAGUAUGGUAAGAAACAUUUAAAGAAUUUCUCAGGUUUUAAAAAAAAAAAGAGAGAGAAAUGAUGUCUGCGGUUCAUGUCUGCCAGUUGUCAGACACAGGAGGCCGUUAGCUGGUCUGUGAAGGAGGGAAUAUUGCUGUAUCAAUGUCUUAAUUUUAGGAAAAUUGUCUUUUAAAAGUAAAUUCUGUAAGCCCUGAGAAAGUAUUAUUAGCAAACCAUUUUUGAUGCUGUGAGAAUGUGAUUUUUAAUCCAGAAAUUGCUUUGAGAAAACCAUUGGAAUAAGGUUCCUGCAAUAAAUCCCAGCAUCAGGUAAGCCAUUCUGCACAUCUGAAGUUCCCUGUAAAAUUGACUUUGAUCAUUUUUCACUUUUAUGUUUUUCAAUAAAAAUCCUACAGAACA